UCAUAUCUCUGAGUUCAUCCUCUGCUGAUUUCAAUGGCGGCCACACUCAAGGCAUCAACUGUCAAAGCCCUAGCAGAAAAGCACAACCUCACCGAGAUACCACCGAUAUACAACUUCCAGACUCUCUCUACAAUUGAUCAAGCAAUUGCUAGUGGUGGAGCAGGAGAAGAUCAAGAGCCGAUCCCUGUCAUUGAUUUCUCCUUGUUGACCUCUGGCACUCCAGAUCAACGUUCGCCAAUCGUACGAAACCUUGGAAACAUGUGCCGAGAUUGGGGCUGCUUCAUGGUGAUCAAUCACAGGGUGGAUGAGGGCCUAAUAAACAAAAUACUGGAUAGCUGUAAGGAGUUCUUCGAUCAAGAAGAGGAGGUGAAGAGAGAGUAUGAAGGGAAGCAUACAUCGGAUCCUAUCUGUCAUGGCACCGGCGCUGAUGCUGCUGUGACUGAAGUCUUAUUCUGGAGGGAUUAUCUGAGGGUUAUGGUUCACCCAGAGUUUCACUCUCCAAGCAAGCCAGCAGGUUUCAGGUGGGAAGUGCUAGCGGAGUUUACUAAUGCCAUCCGUGGGAUGGUGAGAGAUCUACUUGGAGGAAUAUCAGAGAGCCUGGGUUUGGAAUCAUCUUAUAUGGACAGGGCUCUGAAUCUUGAAUCGAGCCUGCAAUUUUUCGAUGCAAAUCUAUACCCACCUUGUCCACAGCCCGAGCUUGCAGUAGGCUUGCCCCCUCACACGGACCACGGUCUUUUAACUGUGCUCAUACAGAAUGGGAUCAACGGGCUGCAAGUUCAGCACGAGGACAAAUGGGUCGCUGCAAAUAUUAUUCCAGGUGCUUUCUUUGUGAACAUCGGUGAUCAGCUUGAGGUUUUUACCAAUGGGAAGUACAAGAGUGUCUUUCAUCGAGCAGCUGUGAACAACACAGCCACGAGGAUUUCCAUUGCUGUACCGAACGGGCCAUCAGCAGAUACAAUAGUUAAGCCUGUCCCCGAACUACUAGACAACGGAAGCUGCCCAGCAGCUUAUGCGGGGAUGAAAUACAAGGACUAUCUUGAGCUUCAACAUGGCAGCGGGCUCAAAGGGAGGGCCUGGAUCAUUUAAAGAUUUGACCUAAUUUGUCUAGUUGUUUGCAUGUUACCAAGUUUAUGGAGUUUGUAUUGCAAAGAUAAUUAUUAUGUCUGGA